CCACAACAUCAACAAAUAAAUAAUCCCGUCAUCUAGCAAAGAUAUUUACUAUUUUUCUAUUAUAUUUAUCAUUUAUGUAAAAGAAAAAUGGAAAACGUGCACCUGGCCGUAGAGGAGGAUGACCUUUACUCGGGUUACAAUGAUUUUCAUCCGACAUUUGACUCGGAGGAUCUGGACAAUGAUGCAGGCUUCCAGCAAGCUGUUAGAACAAGUCAUGGGAGAAGGCCUCCGAUGACUGCAAAGUUUCCAGGCACUGCUAUCGGAGUUCGGCCUUUAGUUUCAUUUGGAUCUCGUGUCCCUUUGGUCUCCUCAAUGGGCAGACCAAUGACUGGAGCUGUGCAGGAUGGGACAAGUCGACCUAUGACUGCUGUCAGAGCAGCUGGUUACACAUCCUCCAUGACACGUGGUUCAAACUUUGAUCCUUUGGGUCAAUCCAGGGGUCCUGCUCCUCCACUCGAAGCAAAGAACGAGGACACGCUCUUGAAAAAGCUAAAGAGGCGGGCAGGAAGGAGCGAGUCCUGGUCAGACAGAGGGAACAGUCUGGACAUGCAGACCACAUCAAUUUAGACCUCACCUACUCUGUCUUGCUCAACCUUGCCAACCAGUAUGAGAACAAUGAAAUGUACCCCGAGGCCCUGAACAGCUACCAGGUUAUUGUCAAGAACAAGAUGUUCAGUAAUGCAGGCCGCCUGAAAGUCAACAUGGGCAACAUCUACUUCAAACAGAAAAACUACCCCAAAGCAAUCAAGUUCUACCGCAUGGCUCUGGAUCAGAUCUCCAACGAUCACAAGGACACGAGGAUCAAGAUCAUGCAGAACAUCGGCGUGGUCUUUGUCCGCCUGGGCCAGUAUUCAGACGCCAUCACGUCCUUCGAGCACAUCAUGAGUGAGAGUCCCAACAUAAAGACGGGCUUCAACCUGAUCCUGUGCUACUACGCUGUCGGAGACAGAGAGAGGAUGAAGAAGGCCUUUCAGAAGCUCAUCUCUAUUCAUCUGGGUAUUGAUGAUGAAGACAAGUACAUCCCUUCUAAUGUGUGUUGACAUGGUGAAGAGUUCUCAGUAUGUUGAGCUCGCCAAUGAUCUGGAGAUCAACAAAGCCAUCACAUACCUCAGACAGAAAAACUUCAACCAGGUUGAGGCUGUGGAAACACUGAAGACAUUUGAGAAGAAGGACAGCAGAGUAAAAAGUGCUGCGGCCACUAAUCUGUCUUGUCUCUAUUUCCUGGAGAAGGACUAUGACCAGGCUGACCGAUACGCUGACCUCGCCAUGAACGCUGAUCGUUACAACCCUGCAGCUCUUAUCAACAAGGGAAACACAGUGUAUCUCAAACAGGAUUAUGAAAAGGCUGCAGAGUUUUACAAAGAGGCUCURAGGAAUGAUUCCUCGUGCACCGAGGGGCUCUAUAACCUGGGUCUGACCUAUAAAAAACUGGACCGCCUGGAGUCAGCCCUGGAUUGUUUCCUGAAGCUUCAUGCCAUCCUGAGGAACAGUGAUCAAGUCAUGUACCAGCUGGCCCUUCUUAACGAGCAAAUGGGGGAUCGUCAGCAGGCAAUCGAGUGGCUGAUGCAAGUCAUCAGCGUGACUCCCACUGACCCCCACGCUUUGGCCAAACUGGGAAAACUGUAUUCUGAUGAAGGAGACAAGUCCCAGGCUUUCCAGUACUACAGUGAGUCCUACAGGUACUUUCCCUGCAUCAUUGAAGUGAUCGAGUGGCUCGGGCUUUACUACAUCGACACACAGUUCUGUGAGAAGGCCAUCCAGUACUUUGAAAGAGCCAAGCUCAUUCAACCAACACAGGUGAAAUGGCAGCUGAUAGUAGCAAGCUGUUACAGAAGAAGCGGAAACUAUCAGAAAUCCCUGGAAACGUAUAAAGAGAUCCAUCACAGGUUUCCAGAAAACGAGGAAUGUUUGCAGUUCCUGAUUAAGCUGUGCACCAGCAUGGAUCUGAAGGAAGUCCAGGAGUAUGCCACCAAGCUGAAGAAGGUAGAGAAGAUGAAGGAGAUCAGAGAGCAGAGGGUGAAGUCAGGACGGGAGAACAGCGCGAGAGGUCGGCGAGAAGGCAGAGAGGGCAGCGCAGGGAGCGUCGCCGCCGUCUCUUCGUCUGUCCUCAGCUGUCCUAAGAAGCCCAUCGUUUUGGAAUCUCAGCCUGAGUCUAAACAGUUCAGUCCGCUGUCAGACUCAGAGAGAGACAGUGGCGGCAGCAGCAGAGGGGAGCGUCUGAGCGCCAAGAUGAGGUCACUUCCUGGUUCUAACGAGCCCUAUGAAGCCAGCAGCCCAAAACAACUUGAUGCGUCCUAUGUGGACCCACUGGGGCCUCAGAUGGACAGACCAAAGACGGGUGCAAAGAAACGGCUGGAUGAUGAUGACUUUGCAGAUGAAGAGUUGGGAGAUGACCUGCUGCCAGAGUAGAAACAUCCAGCCUGAUGUUACCAUCUCCUGGAACAUCUGAGUGAUUCUGCCGCAAAACCUCUGUUCAGACAAAAAAAAAUAAUCAGAACUCAUUUCAGCAAGUCCAACAUGUUKAGAUGAACCAACCAUUUCAGUUAACGUAAAAAAUGUACUUUGUUGAUCUUCUUGAUGUUUUAUUCUUUGUUUCAUAAUAAAUUAAUACAUUUUCUGUUUUA